CCCCCGAGCCCCGCCAACGAUGGAGGCCAUCAAGAAGAAGAUGCAGAUGCUGAAGCUGGACAAGGAGAACGCCCUGGAUCGGGCGGAGCAGGCGGAGGCUGAGCAGAAGCAGGCGGAGGAGCGGAGCAAGCAGCUGGAGGAUGAGCUGGCCGCCAUGCAGAAGAAGCUGAAGGGGACGGAGGACGAGCUGGACAAGUACUCCGAGGCCCUGAAAGACGCCCAGGAGAAGCUGGAGCUGGCGGAGAAGAAGGCGGCGGAUGUACGUAUGGGGGGCAGGGGGCAGAGCGGGGAGCUCUGACGGCAGCCUCCCCGCAGAGCUUGGCCAUCCCCGCAGCCCUGGGGACGGAGGACGGUCCCUGAAGUGGGGCAGGGGGCCGGGGCA